AACGACAACGUGUAUUGAACCGAACUUGUGAUUAGAAUCGAAAACGAAAUUUCAAUUUGGCGCACCCAUUUUUUAGUCCCGGCUUAUUGAUAAACACAUAGAGACCGUUCACAAUGCGUCUCAUUUUCCUGGUAUCCACCCUGCUACUAGUGACAACCGCCAUUUCCGACACCCGUGUGUUUAUUGGAGAACUGUUUGAGCACAACCUUGGAGACAACUACACCAUUGCUACUGGAAAGGAUUCCGGCCCACUUCCUUCAUGGCUCAUGGUUCGCGACCAGACGCUAACGGGUAUCCCAACUGAAAACGACGUUGGCAGGCACACUGUCAUGAUCAAAUCAAGAGGACGCAAGCCCGUUUACCUGUACCUGAAUGUCGAGGAAGAAACUAUAAGCCCAUGUGGAGCCAACAACACUUUCUGGAUGGAAACCUACCACGAGCAAGAGGCGUCGCUCGCCAACAGAAUCAACACUGCACUUGCAAUGAAUGAGUUGGAGCUGGAUCCAGAAAUCAAGACUGUGCGUAUCUACUCGUUCAACUUCAGUUUGAUCAAUAGAGAGCUCGAAGAAAUCAACCAAGAAGCCGUUCAUGGACAGUAUAUGGCUAUUUGGAAGGUUGCCUGUGAAGAUUUCGAUGAAGCACUCAAUUACAUGGAUGACUUCGUUGAUCGAGAGGAUGUUGAUUAUGACUCGAUUAAAUUAGCUAAAGGAUUCUUCAAGCCGGGAAUGGCUCCAAAACCAACAAAAGAGGCUGAAGAUCCCACGACUGCCGAGUACUUGCGUACAACAACUGAGCUCAUCCGUACCACGAGAAGAAUCACUGACAACAAACCAAUCCUUCUCAACAGACUUCCAUCAUUCACUUGCACAAGAGGAGAAAUGUGCGACCUUCGUAUUCCAUCAGAAACAUUCAAGGAUGCAGAAGAUGGAGACACCUUCAAGAUGAAGCUCUCGGUUCUGGCUCUUGACAAUGCUGAAGUCUGGAUGAUCAACGAAUCGAACAAGGGACUCAUCGGAGUUCCAAUGAGAACUGGAGAAUUCAAUUACCGUCUCGAAGCUCGUGACAAAGCUGGACAACUCGCAUCUGCUCCAUUCCAGGUCAAUGUGAAGCCAGCUCUUCCAACCAAUCACCGUGUCCAGUUAGAAAUGGAUCAACCAACUCCCCAGCAAAUGGCUACCAAUCCUUCAAAGAGAAACUUGCUCGUCCGUGCUCUUGCCAGAUCCCUCAAGGCUCCAGUCAACAGUUUCACUAUUCAAGAAAUUGGAUACAAGAACAACAAAACAAUGGUGGCUUUCAGCAACAAUUCAAUUCCAUACAAAGUAUGCGAUGAAGCUGCAAUCAAUGCUAUGGCCUCAAAGAUGAUUAUCAAGCAAAAGAUGAGAACUAAGACGGAGUUUGUCAAAACUAUGGGAAAUCAAUUCUAUGUGCGUACCGCCACUAUGAUCCGCCACGGAAACUGUGAUGAGACAGUCGAAAUUAGCACUACAGCUCCAACUGUUGAAUCAAUUCAAGAAGCUGACUCGCAGCUGUUGCUCAUCUGCGUCCUUCUUUUCCUUCUUCUCCUGAUUGCGGUUGCCAUCAUUAUCUACUGUGCUUGUAUCAAGAAAAGUGGAAAGAAGAAGUCAACGAGCACCGAAUAUGUGUCCAAGGGCCUUCCAGUUGUCUUCCCAGAUGAGGUUGAGGAGAAUGAUCCAACACACGCCGGAACUCCAAUGCUCGCUCGUGAGGAACGUCCACCACUCAAGGUGUCUCAGCACGAGAAUCCGUUGUACAAGCCACCACCACCAAUCGCCAGCAACUCUCCACGUCUCGGACAUGCUUCAUCAUCAUCGAACCAAAAGCUUCAGUCUCCAUUCAUUCCUCCUUAAUUCCGAGCGAGAAAUUGUAUCCACUGUUAUGAACUGAUGUCUCUUCCUGUUAUUAUCCUCUACCUUUCCCUUUCUUUGUUCCGAACUUAGCCAUCAAUCGUUUUCCUGUACUUGCAUGGAUAUACAAUUCAACAUGAAUAUCAAAUCCUAUCAAAAGUUUAUCACAUUUAUCCUUUUUAAACUGGACAAUGUUGAUAAAUUGCAGUAGUUUUGAGCCAUGAAGAUUGCAUUUCAAUGCUGUUUUCGGGGUUUCCCAAAUACUUCAAAUCUUUCCCUAUCUCUUUCCAUACGAGGCAAUUCAUAAUAACAAUCACAAUCCAAAUCUUUCCUUUUUCUGUAGUUAUUGUUGCAUUUUGAAUCAUUUCUCAGUACUUUCCCACCAACACAAUCCCACUCCCAAAAAUCAUCCAUCUCAUCCCAGCUUUCUUCAUUUUUAUUUUUUAGUUUCUAACACUCCCAUUUUUCUCUACCACAAAACACAUAUAUUCCUCAAUUUUGUAACGGUGAUUUUCUUAUUUCUUGUAUGCUCUCUGAGCCUUUGGAAUUCCAUGGGUUUUCUCAAUUCACUGUUUUCCGCCUUUUUCCUCAAUAGUUAGUUGUUCUCUGUCAUUUUUGAUUACCCCACCACCAACCAUCUCUCCCCAGUUUUAACAGUCCUGUUUUCAAUGCAUCACUGUUUUGUUUCAUAAAUUUAAAACUAAAAAUUAUAA